UCUGCAAAGUGUACAGCUCUGACCGGAGUCCGCGUCGGGUGCUCCCCAAGCGGCAAGUCCCACAGAGGAGACGACGAGGUCCAAGUCCAGCAGUGUCCUCCAGUCGAAGCCUCUCGUACCCAGAUUCCCCAAACCGAGGAGAUUGCGGCCGCCUAUUCCGUGGAGGAGAGUGAGAAGUCCUUCCGUACCCCACACCACCCCCGCGUCCAGCAGCAGAGGCAGAGGACCACCAGCGGCAUUAGUAAGCCUGUGGAGUGGAGUCUGCAUGGAGUGCUUCCAAGGAGAAAGAGAGGAGACACAAGAGAGGAGAUGCAAGAGAAAGAGAAAGUCAAAGCAUAUCGCUCACUGCCUACUGGCCACGAGGUCUCGGCAGCGAGCAGGGAGAGACAAAGAGCACACGAGAGACCGAGCAAAAGUCCUGCGGACAAAGACCACGAUGUGUAGCUCGGCGUCUUCGCGAAAGAAAGACUCCGUCUUCUUCGUCGUCAGCGCGUAAGGACCACGAGAAGACAAGGAUAGGAGAUGAGCGAGAAAGGAAGCGACCAUAGCGAGAGUGCGAAGCACUCUCCCUUCCACUCCAAGUCCAGUAAAUCUCGUCGCAGUAGCGGUGGAGUCAGUCAUCAGCACGACCACCAAAGCCGUGUCCGCACUCACCAGCAGUCAGUAGACCCAAUACCUCCUACCACCAGUAACUAUCAUCACCAAAUAGACGGUUUGAGGUCCCGUGACGGUCGCGGCGGCGAGAUACGGUCGCCCUUCCCACGGCCUCCCCUCGCCUCAGCAUGAUAGGAGAGGAGGAAACACGACGU